AUGGAGAGUGCGUUGCCCGUCUCUUCCGCUCACCCUACGGUGGCCGCCGGAGCUUCCAGCUCGUGCCGGCUUCCCUCUCCAAUCCUCCACGCGGCCUCAAAGGGAUACACUGAGAACAAGCGAGGCGGCCUUGUCAGCCGUAGUGUUAAUAAAGUAUGUGCGUCCCCAGGCCAAGACACGGACACGGACGCCGUCGUGGAGAUCCAAGGAGGCAGCAGAUGGAAACCAGCUCUAUGUGUGAUCUUUGUGGAGCUGUUCAACACAGGGACUAUACUGCUAGGCAAGGUCGCACUUGAUGGUGGCAUGUUCGUCUUCUCAUUGCUAUGUUAUCGAAGUUUUCUUGCUUCUAUUUUCAUCAUACCGUUUGCUCUAUUCUUCGAAAGUGGGAAGUGGAGGGAAUUGAAUAUGACGACUCUUGGAUGGCUCUUCAUCAAUGCUUUUGUCGGAUAUUCGUUGCCCAUGGCUUUGUACUACUAUGGACUACGGGACACAGCUGCCUCCUAUGCUGUGAUAUUCUCAAGUUUGACUCCACUUUUCACUUUUAUCUUGUCGAUAAUGCUGGGGAUGGAGAAGUUGCGCCUAAAAUCCAAGGACGGCAGUGCGAAAGUGAUUGGAGUAUUCGUUUGUUUUGGUGGGGCUCUACUAAUAAGUCUUUACAAAGGAAAGGAAUUGCAUCUCUGGUCUUCAAUUAUAAGAGGGACCCCAAAAGAUUCUAAUGGAGCUGCUGGAACGCAUCAUUUGAGGGGCACCUUGAUUUUGCUUGGUGCUUUCAGCAGCUAUGCACUUUGGUACCCUAUACAGGUGAAAGUUUUAAAGGUGUACCCAUGGAAACAUUGGUCCUCUGUGUUGACAUGUGUUCUGGGUGGUGUACAAACUUUCACCAUCGGAAUAAUUAUUAGCAGGCACAAACUUGCCUGGCAAAUAGGAUGGAACAUUCAACUACUAACCAUUGUGUACUCGGCUGCACUUGGCACAGCGGCCAAGUACUGGCUAAACCUAUAUGCUGUUGAAAAGCGGGGGCCUGUUUUUCCAGCCAUGUUCAGCACCUUAUCGACGGUCUUCACCAUGAUUUUAGGAACGUUAUUGCUAGGUGAAAGCCUUACUGUUGGGAGCUUGUUGGGCAGUGCUUUUGUUUUCGGAGGUCUAUACAUAUACCUCUAUGGAAAGGCCAAUGAACAACGCGCGAAGGCGGCAUCGGUUACAGGGAUGCAAAAAGAGGAGGACAAAGAGAUUAUGCGGUCUGCUGUGGCUGCAUUGCAGGCGACGCCCCACUCCUUGCAGUCUGCGACGACUGAGCAGAGGCCACAUCCGGUGCUGUUAGAGAGCUCUGUUAUCCAGUUUGACGAGGAGCUGGGGGCUGGGGUUUCCAAGUGAAGUGCUUUUAAUCAUGGUAGCUGCCAAUUUGUAUUUUUUUUGUCUUAUCUAUCUGGGUCUAAGAU